AGUAGCGAGGGGAGGGUACAAAAUCCCCAGCCCCUGCUUCCGCAAGCCCUGAGCUGCUCCAAAGUGGGCCAGGCGACUCUGACCACCCCUAAGCACCUUUGCCCAGCCCUGGGAUCUUGCUGUCUCAGUUCGAUGGUCAGGAGUUAAGCUGUCAUCUGCGUCCCUCACGAUGGAAGAAACGGGGAAGACCACUAUCCAGCUGCAGAGACCCAUAAAGACUGAGUGGAAUUCUCAGUGCGUCCUUUUCACCUAUUUCCAAGGGGACAUCGGCAGCGUAGUGGACGAACACUUCUCCAGGGCUCUGAGCAGUGUCAAGAGGCCCCAGCGACUGAGCCCCUCGAGCCAGAGUGCAGAUGUGAUCCUGAGGAACGAUGGUGACAUGCCUCCGAAUCGGUGGCGUUUCUCUUCUCAGUGGACAAAGCCAGAGCCCGGAGCAUCUUUUGCAUACGGCGCCACCGACUGCAGCUUCCAUGGGCCCGGUCUCAUGACUAUGGAUCACUACCCGGUGCCCCUGGCGGGGAGCCCGUCCGUUCCGUCUGGCGAGCCGUGGCCUUACCCCUCCCCGGCCAGCCCCAGCUCCUCGGAGCCUGGCUACUCUCACACCUACUCCGGCGGGCACGUGCCAUCCGAGCCCCAGCCUGAUGGGAAGUAUGAGCCUUUCCUAAGCCUCCUCCAGCAGGACCGAUACCUAGCCCCUCCUCAGGAAGCUGCGGUGUGGGAGGAUUGCAGCUCUGCUCCGACAGCCGGAAGCACGGGAUUGACCUUCAACUUGCCUGCCGGCUCAGCCCACUGUAAGGAAAUGCCUCCGGAUGCUCGGGGGAUGGCUUCCGAUUGGUUGCAGUUGAGAGGGAGUGGGCAUGAGAUGGGGUGCUAAGACUCAUUGCUCCCACUCCAGACGUGGGGCUUCUGAGGGAUGGGACGUUGUGCUCGAACGUUCCGUAGACCUAAGCCUAAGUGAACUUGCUAAGCUUCACUGAGGGUCACAGCUUAAUGAUUCAGGGUUACCCAGGGAGCCAGCCAGAUGGGCUUGGCCCCGAAUAUUGACCCCAGUCUGUUGACUCGGGACUUAUCCUAGAAAAAUGAUUUCGGUGGCGCCCUAAAAAAAUCACAGGGUCCUGCAUUCACCUCGCUGUAAGCCGCCAAAGAAUCCGGCUGUAAAACGGAGCUCUGUGGCAUACCUACGGGCUCCAACUCCAUCCUCCAAACAGGUUGGCAACUCGCAGUGACGCCCGGUUCCCGGGCAAAACCAAGGGCCAUCUAUACCAACCAUC